ACCGGGCUGCGCAUUGAGAAGAACAAUCUGUCGCGCAUCAGCCCCGGGGCCUUCCAGCACCUGCCCGACCUGCGCUACCUCAGCCUGGCCAGCAACAAGCUGCAGGAACUCCCUGUGCAGGUCUUCGAGCCUCUGGACAAGCUGGAGUCGCUUCUUCUCUCCAGCAACCAGAUCCUCCAGGUCGAGCCUUCCCACUUUGCCCACCUGAGCAACCUCAAGGAGCUGCAGCUGCACGGGAACAACCUGCAGGAGCUGAAGGAGGGGUUGUUCGACCAGCUCACCAGCCUUACCAAGCUCAACCUGGCCAGGAACAACAUCGACCGCCUGCCGCCGCGGGCCUUCGAGCUGCGGGUGCUGCGGCUCUAUGAGAGCCGGCUCCAGCAGAUCCCGGCGGGCGCCUUCGAUGGGCUGCUGGAGCUGCAGGAGCUGGGGCUGCACCAGAACCAGCUAGAGACACUGUCCCCAGAGCUCUUCGUGCACAACGGGAACCUGCAGAAGCUCUACCUGUCCAACAACCUCCUCGCCACCCUGCCGAGCGGCAUCUUCUUGCCCCUGCAUGCCCUCGCCAAGAUCACAUUGCACGUCAACCGCCUCCGGGACAUCUCCCCUGGUGCCUUCGGUCCCAUGCCCGACCUGCGGGAGCUGUGGCUCUACGAGAACGAGCUUUCCACCCUCCCUGAAGCUGUCUUCAGCAACCUUACCCAGCUGCAGCUCCUGGUCCUCAGCAAGAACCGGCUGCGCUCCGUGGCGCCGGGGACUUUCCGGGGCUUGGGUGAGCUGCUGGAGCUGUCGCUGCACUCCAACACCCUGCGUCGCCUGGAUGCCCAGGCGCUGGAGGGGCUGCCCAAGCUGCAGAACAUCUCCCUGCACCACAACCAGCUGCAGGCGCUGCCGCGGGGCCUCUUCAGGGCCACCCCGGGGCUGCGGCACCUGCAGCUCAGCCCACUCCCUGCUCGCCCCUCCGAGGAGGCAUCGCCGGAUGGCGCCUGGACGGAGCCCCCCGUGGGGCUGCCGGUCUCCCCCCAGACGGAGGAAGAGGAGGAGGAGGAGGAGGAGGAGGGGAGGGGGCAGUGGGGGCUGACACGCAUGCAGAGCGGGGUGGUGGUGGCCGUCAUCGUGCUGGUGUGUGUGGCCCUGCUCGCUGCUCUGGUGGCACUGGUGGUCUACGGCUGUAGGAAGAAGAGCCACACCGUGCUCAUGAGGAUGAAGGCACCCAAUGAAGCCUGA